UAUUUAUGAAAAAAUAACAAAUAAGAAAACCACCAUCAUUUGAUCCAUUUACAUAAUUAACUAAUGAAUAUGUUCGAAUAAUUCUAUCAUAUUUGAAUGUGGUAUUAUAUUAAUAAAACUAGUUUGACUUAGUCAGAUCAGCAAGAGUUUGUAGAAGAUGGAGAGAAAUAAUUGAGAAAGAUCCUUUAAUGUUUGAAUAUGUAAAUUUAGAAAAUAUUGACUCAUCUAAACCAUUGUUUCCAAUUCUUAAAAUAUUUUCUCGUGAUAAAACAAUAAUCUCUAUGAAAUUGCCUCCACAUGCAACAUAAACUGAUACAGCUUAUAUGUUUAUGUAAUUGCCAUAGAGUAUACAAUAUCUGAAAUUUACGAAUAUAAACAUGGAAUUCUCAAAGAUUUUUACUCGUAAGUUUCCAAAUUUUAAGAGUUUAACUUUGGUUAAUUCAAAAAAUAGGAAAAAGCCUUUUGAUGAGAUUGAAAUGAAAUCCUUUCUUACUUUAAAGAGUGCUUAAGAAUUAAAUUUCUAAUAAUUACCUUGGGAAGAUAGUUUUAUUAGUAUUUUCUCAGAAUUCAAUCUUCAAGUGCUAUGUAUUUAUGAUUGUCCUAAUCUAACUAAUGAUUCUCUAUAUUUAAUAUCUAAGCAUUGCAAAUUAUUAUAAAAAUUACUUGUAGGAGGAAGUGAACAAGUAUAUAAUGCUCAAAUAUCAAAAAGUGGAUUUUAGAUUGAUUUAGUUCAUUUAAAGUCUCUAGAAAUAAGAUAUUGUUCUAGAAUAGGAGAUUAAUCUUUAGACAUAAUUGCAAGUUCAUUUCCAACAUUAAUUGAAUUUGCAUUAGUAAGAAAUAAUUUUGAGAAAUGUGCAAAAAUAAGUGAUUAAGCAUUUAAAAAUAUGCAAGAUUUACAAUUAUAAAGAUUGUCUAUAAUUUAUACAAGAAAAUUGAGAGAUUAAGCUCAUAUAUAUAUAUCUAAGUUUCAUUAGCUUAAAUAUUUAUGUUUAAGAAAUUGUCCUUUAUAAUAUGAUGUUUCAAUAUGGAAUGAGAAUUGUCCAUUACUUGAAGAAUUAGAUGUAUCAGGAGAUUCAUGGGUUUCUUAAUCAUUUGUAUUAGGAAUAGCUUAACAUUAAAAUUUAAAAAUAUUUUGGCUUGGACAUUUUGAACAUGGAGAUUUAGAUUGUGAUACUAAAUUAUAAUAAUACCCACCUGAAGGAUUGUUCUUAGAAAGUAUUUUUAAAAAAGAAACUAGCUUUCCUAAAUUACAUACAUUACAUUUAGAACAUGAUUGUAAUUUAACUUAUUGGUUGUAUGCAAGAAUAUCAAAAUUAAGACCCAAAUUAUUUUUUAGAUGA